AUCCGGAUUAUGCGAGGUAGCUGUAAUAGUCAACAAAAGGGGGGAUAGUUGUUGUGGUGCGAUUAGGAGUGUUCCUUGUGCGUUGGGAAAUGGUGUUGGUGAUGGUGGUGGUGUUGAACAACAGUCGGUUGAAUCUUUAAUGUGGGAAUCGAAGGAGUGUGGGAUAAAGGAGACGGAAGGACGAGAGGGUUCGCGAUGUGUGUGCAUGGAGGAGCAUGUAUGUAAUAUUCCCGGCAGAUGAAGUAGUUUAUCUGUCGUAUGGUCGUUUGAUAUACGUGCCGUCGGUACCGCGGACUGCAGUCCCCCAACCCUUACAGGACCCAGCCUCCGCACCUCAACCCAGUAGUGGCCACUCAACCGGAAGCUGCCCCAGCCCUAGCAUCCCCUCGACCAGUUCCAGUAGAAGUUUUCGGUCAACGGCGAGCGCCCCCUUUAGCAACCUCCAACCAGAGAAAGCUCACGGCGAAGUCAAAAAGUCCUCUAGCAACAAGGAGCUUGCUAGUAGCAAAGAGACCAAGCAAAAAGAUACCUUAAAAGUACCAAAACUCAAGGUACCACCUGGAAAGGACAAGAGACUCUCCUACUCCGAUUUCCUGCCAGUGCACAAGUGCCUGAAGCCGGAGCAGCAAGGAAAGAGAUCGAAGACUCCCCAGGUGGACUUCGACAACCUCUUCAGCAGAAGAGAACCAUCACACAGUCCGGAGCCUCAGAGAAGAGUAACGCCAGAGAAGUCGCCUACGAGGAGGAAGCAGUUCUUCGGAUCGGCCCAGAAACCGGAAGCGCGUGUCAAGAGGACCGCGGACUUCGGUUUCGGGAUGGCCUCCAGCGAAUCCCCAUUCCGGGACCUCACCCAUCCUCAUUACAAUGAACUCAUCAAAGGUCACAACGGCGUUACCUUCAAACUCAUACGCACAG